AUGGGUUUUGAUGAUAUAUGCAAUACCGGUCUGGUUCUAGGACUUGGAUUCUCUACCGGAGAAUACAAGUCCAAGAAGCCAGCAGGCCAGAAGCUCGAAUACGAGCCGUCGCUCACUCUCAGCUUAUCCGGCGAUCUGCCCAAAAAGCCCUCCGUUUCCGAUCAGAAUCACGGCAAGAUCGCCGCCUUUUCCGGCGAGGAUCAGCUGUACGGGCAGGACAGCGCGGCGUCGUCGUUCUCUAACGUGAGCAGCGUGAAGAGAGAGAGGGAGCCGGGAAGCGAGGAGGUGGAGAGGGAGAGGGCGAUCUCGUCCAGGGCUAGCGACGACGACGAUGAUGGAUCUAAUGGCCGGAAAAAGCUCAGGCUCAGUAAGGCUCAAUCGGCUCUUUUGGAGGAAAGCUUCAAGCUGCACAGUACUCUCAAUCCUAAACAAAAGCAGGAUUUGGCUAAGGAGUUGAAGCUUAGGCCACGGCAGGUGGAAGUUUGGUUUCAGAACCGGAGAGCCAGAACAAAGCUGAAGCAAACAGAGGUGGACUGCGAGUUUCUGAAGAAAUGCUGUGAGACGCUGACGGAUGAGAACCGGCGGCUGCAGAAGGAGCUUCAAGAGCUGAAGGCUAUGAAAUUGGCUCAGCCGCUCUACAUGCAGCUUCCGGCUGCCACGCUCACUAUGUGCCCUUCAUGUGAAAGGAUCGGCGGCGGCAGCAGCGGCGGCUCGGAACACGCGGCUAAGACAACCGCCUUUGUUAUGGCUCCUAAGCCGCACCUCUACAACCCCUUCACAAAUUCGUCGGCGGCUUGUUAG